CAGAUGCUGUGCGAGUUCCAUCACAUUCUUUGCGCUGUAAAAAGUCUUCGAACAGUUUCAUAUAUGAAGUCAUCAUCACCUGUAGUUUUCCACCUAAACAAAUGCCAGAGAACGUAGAAAAUAUUUUCAAUCUAUUUACUCAAUCAAGUGGCAGCGGUAAGAACUGGCAAGUGCGUAAACCACAAUUAUAAUUUUGUGGCAUUAAAGUACAUUCGCRAUGGCAUUAGGACAACAGCACGUGUUAAGCUUUUCGCCUAAUGGCAAAUUGUUUGCUUUCAUCAACGACCAAGGUAUUCUGAGAAUAUGGGACACAGAAACCAACGAACUAAAGCAGGAGUACACACCCAAUCUCCAAUUGUCAGGUYCUUGUACUGCACUCACGUGGGUUAUAACAACUUCUUCAACCGGGCAUAGUGCUGAAGAGAAAAAGUCGAAAAAAGYUCGAAAAUCACACAAUGGACCAAACCAUGACACAGAGGCGACUUACCUGGCGCUGGGUUCUAGCAAUGGACACAUUUCUCUUUAUUCUUACGCUUUAGGCAAGAUCGAGCGAAACUUAAAAGGUGAAGGACACAGCGGAAAAGUGACCUGCCUUACUCAAGAUGCUGAAGGGCACUUAUAUAGUAGUGGGGAAGAUUGUCAGAUAAUAAAAUGGUCAAUUUCUGAAGAAAAGCAAAUCUCAUCUUGGUCAGUGGGGUCGGAGAAACCGUACAGCAUUGUUUAUUUGGAAUUAUCAAAUAACUUGGUUGUCGGAGGUCGCCAAAUUAAAGUAUAUUCAGUGGCCACGCAGGAGUUAGUACAAACGUUUACUGGGCACACAUCCGACAUUAAUUUGAUGAAUUCGUUGGUACUAGAUGAGAGCAGUGAAUACGUCGUAAGCACAUCACGAAUGGAACGGAUAAUAUGUAUAUGGAAAAUUGGGAAAAAAGGUCGUAAUAAAAAUGCUAGUUCCACUCUAAUUAUGGAGGACGUAGCACACUGUCUAACUUGUCAAGUAGACAUUGAUCGCAAUGUGAGAGUUGCGAGUGUAACACGCAGUGGCGUUAUUCAUAUGUACCUUAUUGCAGUAGAAAACAUUAAACCUGAAAAACCAAUUAAACCAAARUUGACCAUAGAGGUUGCGUCAGAUAGUGCAACAGUAAUUGCUCCAAUACCAGCUGUUUCCGUAUCACUUCAGCACAACAGUCGCCCACAGGAAUUAAUUUUCGGUUAUGGAAACAAAAGCUUUCUGGUUUUUGAACGCUUAACUCCGAAUUUCACAGAAAAGUUGCAAGUUCUCAUUCGCACCGACCCAAAAUCGCUAUACUUGAUGCGUGGAAAACUGUCAAAAAAAGACGGAAAAGCUGGUGACGCACAAAAAACUAUUACUCCAAUCGUCAAUGAAGCCGACGUGGAAUACAAAUCUUCAGCUACAGUUCCAAAGAAGAAGUUGAAAGCAGUAGAAAUGCCAAUGGAGUCCCGACUUCAAAAUUUGAAUUUAAACGCUGUUGCUGGUAGUGGAGCACCCCAAGCUCAAAGCAAAGUUCAGUUGCUAGUGCAGGCCUUACACAGCAAGGAUAAUGUUCUUCUACGUUCUGUAUUGCAUACGCGUGAUAUUAAAACUAUUCAACUAACCCUCCACAAACUACCUGUGCAAUACGUAGGACCAUUAGUCAAUGAGUUAACUGAGUUUAUGCAAAAACAACGCAUGAAUGUCGAGUAUGCAGUUGAUUGGCUUAAAAUCCUUAUUCAGACGCAUUCCAGUCAACUAAUGGCUUUGGGAUCUGAAGAUCUUCUAAAUAAAUUCGGUCCAUGCAUUGGUUUAAUAGAACAUCGCGUGAAUUGUCUGAAGGACUUGUCGAAAGUCGCUGGACGGCUAGAUUUGUUGAUCAAUCAAAUAAAACGCAACACCAAUGAGGAUAAUUUAAACAGUGCAAAUGUGUUGGUCUAUGAGGAUAAUGAUUCUGAAAUCGAAGAUACAGGCGAAAAGAGUGCCUCCGAUGAUGAAUGGGAUGAGGAUAUUGAAGAGGACGUUGAGAACAUGGAUCAAGGUGAUGAAGAUAAUGAUGAAAGYGACGCUGAUGAUGCAGAAGAAAUGGAAACUUGAUCGUAAAUUUUCUCUUAAAACUUCUUUCUUAGACAGCAUAUGUAUGUUAUGAUAUAAGUAAAAACAUUAGAUUUUUAACA